UUUCACCUACGACUAUUUAUAGACCAUCCAACGCAAACUCAUCUUUGAUUCAUCUCUCUCUGUCACCAUCAACAAUGGCCAAAACCUCUCUUCUUUAUUGUUUUGCUCUUUUCAUUCUUAUUCUUGGAAAUCCAUGUAAAGCAGAAGAAGAAGAAGAAAUAAAAGUGUAUGAGUUGAAAAAGGGUGAUUUUUCUGUGAAGAUCACAAACUAUGGUGCAACAGUUCUUUCUGUCAUACUCCCUGAUAAAAAUGGAAAAUUGGAUGAUGUUGUUCUUGGGUACAAUUCAAUUGAUGACUACAAGAACGACACCACAUAUUUUGGUGGCCUUAUUGGGCGCGUGGCUAACAGAAUUGGAGGAGCAAAAUUUGAGUUGAAUGGUGUGGAAUACAAGUUACCAGCUAAUGAUCAUGGAAACACACUCCAUGGGGGAAGCAAAGGAUUCAGUGAUGUGAUAUGGACAGUGGAAGAUUAUCAAGAAGAUAGUCAUCUUACUCUUACCUACAACAGCUUUGAUGGUGAACAAGGAUUUCCUGGUGACCUUUCUGUCAAGGUGAAAUACAUGUUCAUUGGUACAAACAAGUUAGCCAUAAACAUGCAAGCAACGCCUCUAAACAAAGCAACACCAAUCAAUUUAGCAUCACACACUUACUGGAAUCUUGGUGGACACACCAGCGGCAACAUUUUCUCCCACGCUAUUCAGCUUUUCGGGUCAAAGAUUACUCCUGUCAAUGAUAAGCUGAUCCCUACCGGACAAAUUACUCCGGUUGAAGGAACAGCCUAUGAUUUCCUCAAGCCAAGAACAAUAGGGAGCAAGUUCAGUGAUAUAGCAGGCGGAUACGAUAUCAACUAUGUGUUGGAUAAUACUGAGGGAAAACAUUUACAAAGGGUGGCAAUUGUUCAAGAAAGCAAAUCAGGUAGAAAGAUGGAAUUGUGGACUAAUAAACCUGGUGUGCAGUUUUACACAAGUAAUAUGUUGGAAAAUGCUAAGGGAAAAGGUGGAUUUGUUUAUUCAAAGUAUGCUGCACUUUGUUUGGAGACACAAGGAUUUCCAGAUUCUGUUAAUCAUCCCAAUUUUCCUUCCCAGAUUGUGAAUCCAGGGGAAACUUAUAAGCACAUUAUGGUUUAUAGGUUCACUGCCUAAUAGGAAGUUCUAAGAUUGCUACACUAGGGUUGUUUAGUUAUUUAUUUCUUCCCCUCUCCUUUUUUUUCUUCAUGGUUAUGGUAUAGUCGACACCUUGUUUUCCAUUUAUAUUAGCAUUUUAUUCUGGGGUUAAUAAAUAAAAAGUAGCUCUGAGUGACCAAUUUAUCUCAUA